UUAACGUUCCCGGUUGUUGUACCGCUCCGUCCGACAGUGGCGCUUGCCACGGCUAGCUGCAGUUGCUGAAUGUGUGCAAACAGUAUGAACGCCUGCUAGUAAAUAAAAUGUUUAGUCUGCGGGAUUUCAUUUCAGGCGAUGAUACUGAAGCUAAAGCCAAUAACUGACGCCUCCGGUUGAUUCAAGCGCAUCACUGCUGCUACGAAGGGUCCAGAGCGAUGGAGGUGGGCUCAGCAGUGAUCGAGGACAUUGUAUUCCGAGGUGUGGAGUUCACUGUGAAAAUAGAACUGGAGAAGGGCUUGCUGAUUGUCGAGAUCUCUGACUCUAUGACAGCUGAUCAGUGGAUGGGGGAAUUUGACCCGGCAUAUAUUGAGGACCUUACACGCAAAACUGGCAACUUCAAGCAAUUUCCUAUUUUUUGUAACAUGCUGGAAUCUGCUGUUAAAAAGACGAGUGAUUCUGUUACCCUUGACCUCUUGACCUAUGCCGAUUUGGAGCUCCUUCGUAACAGAAAGGCCGGUGUUAUUGGUCGUCCCCGUGGCCAACAGCAGUCUCCUGUUCUCAGUGCCAAAAGAUAUCUUAUCCUCAUUUACACCGUGGAGUUUGACAGGAUACACUAUCCCUUGCCUCUGCCUUACCAGGGUAAACCUGACCCAGCUGCUCUACAGAAAGAAAUCAGAGCCUUGAGAAAUGAACUAAAUAGCCUAAUUUCUCAUGGAGAUCACAAACCAGCAGAACUAGAAAUACAACGGCUACGAGCAGAACUGGCUCUGGCGAAAGAGGAGAAAGAGGCCAUGGCCAAGGCUCUGGAGAGACUGCAGAUUAGUGGAGGGGGUCCCACACCUGGAAGAGAAGCAUGGAAAGUCAGAGACGUGGUGAGGACCCUGGAGGAGCAGCUUGUCAAAGAGAGGGCUAAAAGCCAGCGUUCUGCAAGCAAGAGGAGCCAAGAGCAGCGCCUCCUAAUGGAGCAGUUUGAAGAGCUCAGGGCAUCAGAGUGUGCUCUACGAAUUCGAGUCAAGAGUCUCACCAGUGAACUGGCGUUGUUACGGAGGGGCAGGACGACUCCUGUUCUGUCUGAUCAAACCGGCUCCCGGGGUGAUGGGGAAAUUUAUCGCUCACUGUCCCGAGAUCGGCGGUCAGGGUACGGGGCAACCAGGGCUCGCUCUGGAUCCCGAGAGAGAAAAGAAGAUAGGGGGCGAAGGUCAGAGGAAAGAGGAAGAAGAGCAGAUUCCUCAGGGCCACGGGCUCACAUCCCAAGGCCAUCACCCUCUCCCACAGGAUCACGGGUACCACGCUUUGAUCCAACUGCUUACAUCCAGGACAGACAGCGCAGGCAGAAAGAAACAGAAAUUAAAAAACAGAGGAAGGUCCGUAGAGACAUGUUGACAUCACCUGUUGUCCUCGAGCGGGGUCGUUCACGCUCCAGAGAGGCCUACCCCUUGACAGCCAGGUCCAGCAGCAGAGGAAGGAGCUUAUCCGUGGAGCAAGGGAGCAGGCACUCCUCUGAAGGUUCCUUGGUGGACAUUGAUGAAAUGGCUAAAAACCUCAUGUUCAGAGGAAGACAGCCAACUUGCAAUGGUCCUAGUGUGCCCAGAGGAAGCCAUUUAAGCAGGAAGCAAUAUUGUAGCACUCCCACACAUAGGAUGAAGUCAGACAAAGAAAGUUCCAUAGAUACAGGUGCGGAGCUGUCGGAGAUUGAUGCCAGGCUCCAAGCCCUUCAGGAUUACAUGAGGGACCUGGACACAGGGCACUAAAAGCAACAUUAAGGCCUGAGCAGUGGAUUUACUUUCACUAUGCACAGACUGCCCAAAGCCCACUCGAUGCAAAAAAGGGGGUUCCUAAAUACAAAGGUGGUCUACUACAAUUGAUCUCAAUUUCCUUUGGUAGAGCGAGAUGCCUGGUCUUCUGCUAAGGGUUUUGACCUACUUAACUGUAUACUGAGCUUGGCUUGAUUUUGAGUUUUACAACAUGACUUUAUGAACUAUAAAGCGAUUGUGUGUGGUGACUAAGAUUUCCUGCCAUUUUUAAAUACCGACCCCACCAAACUACCAUUACGAAACUGAUGUUAAACUUGUCGUUGCAUCAGUGUUUCAUUAAUUCAUUAUAUAGUAUGUUUCAUUACUUCAUUUAUAUGUAUAAAGAAUUAGUGUAGAUCAAGUUCUAAAUCCUUUACUUGGCAAAAUCAAUCCACAUUUCAGCUGUGAAUUUUCAACUUGAGCAUUCAUGUUUCACAGUUAAUACAGGGAUGGUUUUACCACUCUGGGACUUUGCACAGUAAUCUGCAUGUAUAUAUUUUAUGUUCAUCUAUUUAUUUUUUUAACAUGUUUUUAAAUGUUUGACCUUACUAAACAAAUCUAGGAUUCAUUACAGAUAAUGAAUAUAACAUUGGCAGCACAUUUUACA